UCUACAUCUUCUUACUCAUUUGAACAUAAGUUCUCCAGCUACUCAGAAGUCCCCUCUAAGUUUACAAAAUGUUGACAAUAUCUUUGAUCUGGGGCAUUGUUGUGGCAAUAUGCUGUUGCUUGUGGCUUAUUACUGGAAUAAGAAGGAGGCGAAUGGGAGAGCCACCCCUGGAAAAUGGGCUAAUUCCAUAUGUAGGUUGUGCUCUGCAGUUUGGAGCCAAUCCACUUGAAUUUCUCAGGAUAAAUAAAAGAAAAUAUGGUCACAUAUUUACCUGCAAACUAAUGGGAAAAUAUGUGCAUUUUAUUACCAAUCCCUUUUCAUACACUACAGUAAUGCGUCAUGGAAAAUACUUUGACUCAAAAAAAUUUAACCUUGCUGCUUCUGCAAAGGCAUUUGGGCACAGAAGCAUUGAUCCCAGUGAUGGGAAUACUACUGAAAAUGUACAUGAGACUUUCAUUAGAACCUUGCAGGGUGAUGCCUUGAAUUCCCUCAGUGAAGCCAUGAUGGAAAAUCUCCAGUAUGUCAUGAGACCACCAGGUCUUUCCAAAACAAAUCCUGACAGCUGGGUGACAGAGGGCAUGUACUCCUUCUGCAACAAAGUGAUGUUUGAGGCUGGUUAUUUGACUCUCUUUGGCAAAGAUCUUACAAGGCAAGAAGCACAGAGAACAUCCAUCCUAAACAACCUUGAUAACUUCAAGCAAUUUGACAAGAUCUUCCCAGCCUUGGUAGCAGGGCUUCCGAUUCACGUGUUUAAGAAUGCCCACAAUGCAAGGGAGAAAUUGGCUGAAGAUCUGAAACAUGAAAAUCUACAGAAAAGAGAUAAUAUUUCAGAGCUGAUCACUACCCGCAUGUUCCUGAAUGAUACUCUCUCAACCUUUGAUGACAUGGAGAAGGCAAAAACCCACCUGGCUUUACUUUGGGCAGCUCAGGCUAAUACACUCCCUGCCACUUUCUGGUGCUUAUUUCACACAAUUAGGAGUUCAGAAGCAAUGAAGAUGGCUACUGAAGAAGUCAGAAAAACUUUAGAAAAAUCUGGCCAAAAAAUUAGCUUUGAAGGCAAACCUAUAAGUUUGAGUCAAAUGCAGCUAAAUGAUAUGCCAGUACUAGAUAGCAUAAUCAAGGAGGCUUUGCGACUUUCUAGCGCAUCUUUGAACAUUCGACCUGCCAAGGAGGAUUUCACUUUGCACUUAGAGGAGGGCUCUUACAAUAUCCGAAAAGAUGACAUAAUAGCGAUUUAUCCCCAGCUGCUGCACUUAGAUCCAGAAAUCUACCCUGAUCCCUUGACUUUCAAAUAUGACCGUUACCUUGAUGAAAAUGGAAAACCAAAGAACAGUUUCUAUUGCAAUGGCAUCAAGUUAAAAUAUUAUUAUAUGCCCUUCGGAUGGGGACUGACAAUGUGUCCUGGAAGAUUGUUUGCUGUCUCUGAAAUCAAGCAAUUUUUGAUUCUGAUGCUUUCCUACUUUGAAAUGCAGCUUGUUGACAGUCAAGUUAAAUGCCCUCCUUUAGACCAGUCUCGUGUAGGUUUGGGCAUUUUACCACCAACAAAUGAUAUCGAGUUUAAAUAUAGACUAAAAUACCUUUGAAUGUGAAAAUUUUACUGAGAGGAGAAAGGAAAACUGGGUGAUGUUUUAUGUCCAAAGACAGUCAACACCUCCAGCAAGCCUGAUGGAAGGCUACAGUAUAGAAGAAAGAGCACUUGGAAUUGAAUCUAUAGUUGAGCCUCAGCAACAUGUUACUGCUUGGUUGACCAACAGCAACUUAAUCACUCUGGGACUCAGUUUCCUCAUUUACAAAAUGGUGAAGGAGUAUUGCACUCAAUGAUUUUGAAGUUUUCUUCUAUUUUAAAUCUGUACUACCAAGUGGGUUCAGUUGUUUCAGUAGUUCUGCUUUUAUUUACCAGUACUUGUUUAUAAAGUAUGACAUCUUGGGAAUAAUUUUAGAUAACAUAUAGAAUUGUACUUCUACAAAGAACAGCUUAAAAUUAUUUUUCAUUUAAGCUAAUGGAUCAACUUUCUUUCAACAAAAGCCUACAUUUUAUUCUAGGGGAGAAGAGUCAGGAAAUUGGUAUUUUUCCAAGAGGGAAGGGUUGCAGUUGGUCAAGGAUUUUUUUCCUAAGGAAAUUCCUUUUUAUUUUUAUAAAAAGCAGCCAAUCUUUAUUUGGAAAAAAUAAACAACAGACAUAAAAAGCAAUUCACGUUUUAGUGAAACUGGGCCAGUCUGUUUCACACUUGGUGGCUUCUUUACCUGUGAUAGUGGUGUUAUGAAGCUUUAACAACUCAGGUAUUUAAGGCUAAGUAAGGGAAUAUUUUUCAACUGUUUUUAAAUCCAAGAUAAUUUUCCUAUGUUAAAUUUUCCAUUUUCCAAUAUUAAAAAUAGUCUUUCAAUGUACUAAUAGCAUUGAACUUUAUUGUAAUAUCUUGUCUUUCAUUAUGUAUUAAUUUAUUAUCUCAGGGAUACAUAGCAAUCCAACUAAGGGUAUAAAUGAUAACAUCUUAUUUACUUUUAUAUUUAAACCAAUCUUCAUAUGGAGAGCUUUUUGGAAAACAAAAGGCAAUAUCAUUUUUCCCUUCAAUAAAAAGCAUGUAGCUUUCAAAUACUGUUUUUUGAAGGUGUAUAACCAAACUGCCAUUUAAAGUAUUUCAUUAUAAAAACCCCACAAAUCCCACAAUCAUUUAUUUUCAAAAAAUUAGUUUUUAGAUUUCAUUUUAUUACUUUUUAUUGUUAAACAAACCAUAGUACAAAUAAAAAGCAAUAAUUUAUUACUAUGUAUAAUAGUGUUUUAACUAUUGUAUACAACCUAGAUUUGAUUUAAUAUUUUAAGUAUCAUCUUUGUCUAUGAUGGUGUUAUUCAUAUAUGUGCAUAUAGCUAUGUAUAAUUUAUAUUUAAUAUAUUUCUUAUGUAUUAUACAGAAAAUAUUAAGAAAAUGACAAGGAUGUAGCUAUUUUUCUGAAAUGAUUUGUUCAUUUUAACUUGCAUUAGUUCAUUAAAAAAUUUAAAAGAGACUAUUCAAGGAAUGUUUUUUAAAAUGUUUUUAUAUUCAGAGUGUUUAAAUUAGAUACAUUUAUGAUUAUUUAAAUAUUUAAAAUAAGUUGUUACAGAUCUGUAAAAACAAUAACUGUGUCCACAAAUUUUUUCCAAAAUAAAAGUCAAACUAAGCUUUGAUUAAUAGUAAUAAACAUUUAUCUAAUGCUUACUAUGUGCCAAAUACUGCACUAAGCACUUCAUAAUUAUUAGCUCAUUUGUUCUGGUAGAUGCUAUUUUGAUACUUUCCUACUAUAUAGUAUUCCCAAUGUAUAAAUAUAUUGUUUAGUACCCCUAAGUAGUAGUCUGUCUGCCUUUGCUUGGUUAGGAACCACCUCCUUAGAACCCAUUUCAUUUCCAGAUAAAUUACAUUGCUAAGAAGGUCUUCCUUAUAUUGAAUAAAAAUAUGUUUGCCUGUACCUUCAA